AGGCGGGGCCGGGGACCGGCCCUCGGGGCCGGCGCCAGCGGGCUGCUGAGGUGGCUGUCGCCCGCUCGGAGCCGCGGCUUCCCGGGUCGAGCCCCCGAUGGAGGCCGAGGGCGCGGACGGCGCCCCUGGCGGGGCGGAGGCAGCGCUCAGCUGCUUCUCCUUCAACCAGGAUUGCACGUCCCUCGCUGUCGGAACCAAGGCCGGCUACAAGCUGUUUUCCCUGAGCUCCGUGGAACAGCUGGACCACGUCCACGGAAGCAAUGACACCCCCGACGUGUACAUCGUGGAGCGCCUCUUCUCCAGCAGCCUGGUGGUGGUGGUGAGCCACGCGAAGCCGCGCCAGAUGAACGUGUACCACUUCAAGAAGGGCACGGAGAUCUGCAACUACAGCUACUCCGGCAACAUCCUGUCCAUCAGGCUGAACCGGCAGAGGCUGCUGGUCUGCCUGGAGGAGUCCAUUUACAUUCACAACAUCAAGGACAUGAAGCUUCUGAAAACCAUCCUGGAUAUUCCCGCAAACCCGACAGGUCUGUGCGCGCUCUCCAUCAACCAUUCCAAUUCCUACGUGGCCUAUCCCGGGAGCCUGACCACAGGCGAGAUUGUGCUCUACGAUGGACACUCCCUGAAGGCUGUCUGCACCAUCGCUGCCCACGAGGGCACGCUGGCCGCCAUCGCCUUCAACUCUUCGGGCUCCAGGCUGGCCAGCGCCUCCGAGAAGGGCACGGUCAUCCGGGUGUUCUCCGUUCCCGACGGGCAGAAGCUCUACGAGUUCCGGAGAGGGGUGAAAAGGUACGUGACCAUCAGCUCCCUGGCUUUCAGCAUGGACUCGCAAUUCCUCUGCGCCUCCAGCAACACGGAGACCGUGCACAUCUUCAAGCUAGAGCAUCUUGCCAACAGCCGACCCGAGGAGCCCUCGACCUGGACCGGCUACGUGGGGAAGAUGUUCCUGGCUGCAUCCAACUACCUCCCCACCCAGGUGUCCGACAUGAUGAACCAGGACAGGGCCUUCGCCACCGGGCGUCUGGGCUUCUCCGGCCACAGGAACAUCUGCACCCUCGCCACGAUCCAGAAGCUGCCGCGGCUCCUGGUCGCGUCGUCCAGUGGGCACCUUUAUGUCUACAACCUGGACCCUCAGGACGGAGGAGACUGUGUCCUAAUCAAGACCCACAGCUUGCUGGGCUCAGGAACCAGCGAGGAGAAUAAAGAAAACGACCUCAGACCGCCCUUACCUCAGUCUUACGCCGCGACGGUAGCCAGGCCGAGUGCGUCCGCAGCCUCCACCGUCCCAGGUUACUCCGAGGACGGCGGGGCGCUCCGCGGCGAGGUCAUUCCCGAACACGAGUUUGCCACGGGACCGGUGUGCCUGGACGACGAGAACGAGUUCCCUCCUAUCACCUCGUGCCGUGGAGAUCAGCAGGACAAGGCUGCGCCGUCCUGACGGGCAGCAGGACCGCCCCGUCAGGAGGUUCUGGAGCAAACGAGGAAGGUGGACGAAAGGCAGGCGGCUGAGUGAGCAGCACGGGGGUCAGAACCCCCGGGGACGCGGUUCUCCCCGGGCGAGCUCCUCUCAGCUGGCAGGCGCCGGGGCCGGCGUGCACCCACGUCCUGCCCUGGAAAGCGUGUCCCAGCCGCGGCGUCCGCGUGAACAAACCGUAUCCAUCGACAACCCGAAUUUUACAUUAACAAGGGCAUCCUUUUGAACAUGUAUGCUGUGUAUAAAAUGUACCUAUAGGAACACCUCUCGGAACUGUAUUCCUUGUAUGUGACUCAGAGAGGCUGUUGUGGCCAGGCAAAAGAUGUUUGCAGUGAUCAGAAUAAAUCAUUUAUGACCUUUCAGUCCCAUUUAGGACACUAAUAAUAAAAUCAUGGCAAUACA